CUUUUGCAAUUUGGUGAAGAUUUUUGCUAAUUUAUUAUUGGUUAAUAAAAAUGACUAUUACUGGAAACUAAUAUUAAUUUUAGAUCUUCAACGAGACAUCUUACGGGGUAUUUUCUAACAAAGUAUCUUCCACUUUGUGUUUAAGGAUGUCAAUUCAAUGAUAAAUGAGCUAAACUAGUUUUUUUACUGACAAUAAGAGUAAAUAUUUAAAAACUUUUAUAUUAUAUUAAACAGAAAUACUUUUUUUUAAAAAUACUCAGUACAAUCUUAUACAAAACAAAUUAAAAUCUUAAGUACAAAAAUCUUUCUCAUAUAUUUAUCGUCUCGCUUUAAUCGUAGCAACUGUUACUUGUUUUUUCUCUUCUAUUACAAAAUUUGAUGAAUACACCUUUAUUAUUGAUAUAAUUGAUCAUUAAUAACGAUAAUUGUGUUUCAGUGGCCAUUAACAAUUCAAACUUCUAAUGAGUGCCAAGUGAUAAUUUUUGAAAUUUUUAAAUAAAUAAAUAAAAUGUGAGCAGAUUAAAAAUUUAAAAAUGCGUAUUUCGAUAAUUAAAAAAUCAGUACGCGCAUUUUUUUCAAUUCCAUUACUUUAAUUUAUUUAUUUAAAAUUUAUAAAUCGUCUCAUGUCUGCUACAUUCACACUCAUAAACUUCUAUGAUCCUGAAGUUAGCUGACGUCAAAUAAUUUUUGGGUUUUUUUCAAAACGAUAAAUAAUAAAAAAAAUAUUUUUUAAAAUUGCACAUAUAGUUUAUUAAAUUUUCUACUUGUGCAUAUUUUUAUUUUUUUUUGUAAUUGAUUUUUUUAAAAAAAAAUCUGAAAAUUGUUAAUCGUCUGUUAACUUCUGGAUCAUGAAGUUAUUAUUAGAUGUCGGCUAACUUCAGUAUCAUAACUUCUUAAUAUUUUAAAACUGUUUAGUUCAUUGGCAUUCGUUUUAAUAAUUAAUCAAUAGUUGUAAAGUGUAACAUAAUAAAGUUUUUUUUUUAAUAAAUAUUAUAAAAAAUAAACAAAUAAGUGAAUAUAUUGAUGAGCGUUUGUUGAUUUCAAAGUUCUUUUUAGUAAAAAUGGAAAAUUCUAACUCACGCAAAAAUGUUCAAACGUUGAUGUUACAGGAUCAAAAUUUAACUGAAAAAUUAGAAAAGGUUAAAAACAAUUUGAAAAUACUUCGAAAUGAACAAAUAUUGCUAUGUAGUAGUAAUUGGAAAAUGGAAAUCGAUGUCAUGAAUUUACAAUUAGAAAACGAACAUUUAGAAGAUGAAGUAAACAGAAAAAAUCAGUCUCUUAUUAAUAUGAAUAAAAAUUGCAAACAGUACAAAUCUUGUAAUAAGAAAGAACUUCAAGAUUUCCGUGGUUUUUUUGAUAAUGAAUCAAGACAUUAUUGUGAUUUAUUAUCAAACGCUAAAAAUGAAUAUGAUUCCCAAAGCUUGAAGACUGAUAUCGAAAAUUACGAAAGACAAAUCGCAUUGUUAAAUAAUGACUACAAAAAAAUUCAAACUGAUAUGGAUAAACUAACACAAAAAUUUGGAUUAAUCGAAUUGGGAACAAAUGAAAAAGCCGACCAAGUUAAUAAGAUUAAAUCAACUAUACACUUCUUAGAAAACAAUGAAUCAGUUAUAUUAUCUGCUGUAAAAUCAUAUAAGAAUAAAAUCCGUGACCUAUCUAAAAAAAUUGAACAAAAAGAACGUGAUAUUCUAUCAGCAGCAGAUAAAAAAAUACUAUAGUACCAUUAAUUAUAGUACUGCAAUUUGGUGUCAUUGAUUAAAUUUAUAAUUAUUUAUAUAAUUUUUGAAUAAUCAAUUAUGAUACAAAAACAAUACAUUGUUCAAAUUAUUUUUCUUCCUCAUUGUAUAGUAAAUAAAUAUCAAUUAUUUAUAAACAUUUGAUAUCAUACUUUGUUAGAGGUUCUUCCCUUAUGUAAUAAUAAAAACAAUUCUUGUUACAUUCAUGUCAUUACAUUAUUUCUGACAAUUAAUA